AAUCAAUAAAAUACCAGGACCACCAGGUUAUCCAAUUAUUGGUAAUUUAUUGCUAGGUCUACGUUCACGAGGUAAGUUAAAUCUGUUGUCAACUUUCUAACAUAUUACGCCGAUUUUAUUGACUAAGAGCCCAAAAGAUCUAAUUGUGACAAAAAGUAGGAUUAAAACAUUGACUCAGGAACGUUUAAAAGAUAUGCAAAUUAAAGGUAAUGAUUUAUGCUUCUGGAAACUGUAAACCACAUUUGCGUGCAAUUUUUAAUUUACAAAAUACGUAAAGUUUAUUUAAAAAAAUUAGAUUUGACGUUUCUAUAUUUGUAUUUGUGUAGUUUUGUAAAAAAUUAAUAAUCAGUCGUUUACUAAAAUUUUGAUCGAAAAAAUAGAGACUUUGGGAUACAAAAUACGUUGGAAAAUUUUUUAAUUAUUAUUUUUGACAAAGUUAUACUCUUUUUAAAAGAAUGAACGAAAAAACAAUCCAAAAUUUGGCCGUUUUGCAGUUUACGAAUUUAAACCCAAAUUGUGUGCUAAGUAAACUUUUAUAAAGAAAUACUAACCACAAUUUUCAAAUUUUCCAUUUUCGAGAAAUAAGGAUUUAAAGUUGAAGAAAAACGGGCAUAAAAUAAGUAAACAGACUUGUCACAUGAUUGCUUUGAAUCAAUAGUAAAAAUAUAAUUAUAUGUAAACAUAUACACACAAACAUAAAAAAAUAUGUGUGUGUGUGUGUAUAAAUAUAUGUAAAUGUAUAUGUAUUAUAUAUAUAUAUACAUAUACGGUGAUUUAUUUUAAUCAACGUUAUAUCUCACCAGGAAUACAAGAUCUUUGAAAAUGUUUUAUACAAAAGUUAUAACAUACAUGUAAAUACAUACAUGUUCAGCAAUAACAUGCCCAGUGUACCAACAUCUAUAACUUAUAGCAGAUAAAACUAUCAGAAUCAAUUUUACUUUUUUUUAAAUUUUAUUUUAAUUCAAUUUUAACUCCUUAUUUCUCAAAAAUAAAACAUGGGCUUAAGAGGUUAUACUUACUCAGGUAGGUAAAAAAAAUUGAUUUUUUUAUUGCAUUUUCUUAAUGUACAUCAUCUUAAGAAUAUUUCUCAAAAUUACAUAAGAAUCAAAGCACACGUUCAAAAGUUAUAAGCGUUUAGAGAGCGUUACUCGAGUCACAGCGCGCAGCUGCCGCUUAGUAACAUAGGUGAUACGGUGCCUUUCCCUCUCCAGGUAACGUUCUAUUGUAUCGCUUGAGAUACAUGAGCAUGUAUUCAAGUACAUUUGUAUUAGUGUGUUUUGGACCAGUUGUGUACGAGACACUUAAACGUGCAACAUCGGAAGUUCGUUACGAUCAGUUUAUUUCUCUGCAUUUACUAAGUUUUUGCCGCUUUUUUAACUAUUAUAAUUAUGGCCGGGGAUCAUCACAAAGUUACACGUGAGGACAGAGCAUCUACAAAAUCACAUAAAUCAAGACCAAAGAAAAGGAAACAAUUUUUUAAUCCAAAAACCGCAGAGACUGACGAGAAUAGUUUCAGUGCGUCUCGAAAGAAAAUGAGGCUUAGUAGGGAGGUAACCGUGCCGCUUGAUUAUUUGGUCGAAUACAGAAUUUUGAAUUUUAUACAAGUAUUUUUUCGGCUCUUUCACAGUUUGUAAACUGCAAAACAUGUGGCGGCAAUAUUAAAUUUGCACUAACAAAUACACAAGGAUUAGGCUUCAAAAUUGGGAUUAUGUGUGAUAAGUGUGAGCAGCAAAACAUUUCUUCGUGCAAGUAUAUCAACCAUUCGUACGAAAGGAUAUCUGGAAAAUUUUAUUUAAUUUAAGUGACCAGUAUUAUCCUAUUUUUAAAGUAUGGACUAUUUUUAUAACUAUGGUAUCUAUUCGUCACCCCAAUGAUCUGGAGAUAAUACUCAAUAAUACAAAACACAUUGACAAGGGUAUGAUUUAUGACAAAUUAAGUCCUUGGUUUGGUACGGGUCUUCUUCUCAGUACAGGCUCCAAAUGGCAAUCACGACGAAAGCUAUUAACACCCACAUUUCAUUUUAAAAUAUUAAAGCAAUUUACUGAGAUUUUAAUUAAAGAGAGCGAAAACAUGACAAAGUCUUUGGAGAGUGCAGGAGGUGUCAUUACAAAAGAAUUAAUACCAUUUAUUAGUGAACAUACAUUAAAUAUAAUAUGUGAAACAGCCAUGGGGACUUCUCUUCGAGGAAUGGGUUCACUCCAGCAACAAUAUCGAAAAGCAGUUCACCGAAUGGGUGAGCUUCUUAUUUAUAGGGUAUUGAGACCAUGGUUAUAUAACGAUUGGAUAUUCUCGUUGACGCCAAAAGGCAGAGAACAAAGGAAAAUUUUGAAGAUAUUACACGGAUUUACUGAAAAAAUUAUUGCAGAAAGAAAAAUUUAUCAUAAACAUCAUGGACAAUAUUUGAAGAAUCUUAGCGAAGGGACAGUUGAUGCAGAAACUAUUGGAAUGGAGAAAAAGCAGCUCGCUAUAUUGGAUCUUUUAAUAUUGGCAUCUGAAGAAGGUUUUUUAACUGAUUCCGAUAUAAGAGAGGAAGUCGACGUUUUUAUUUUUGGGGGUUACGAUACUACAUCAGUAGCUAUGGCCUUUGCUUUAUCACUCCUGGCCGAACAUAAAGAUAUUCAGGAUUGUGUCAGAAAAGAAGUCGAUGCUAUUAUGCAAGAAAAUCAAGGAAAACUUACCAUGAAAUCGUUGCAAGAUCUACACUAUUUAGAGAGAUGUAUAAAAGAAUCGUUACGUUUAUAUCCGAGUAUUUAUUUUAUAACACGAGUUACUUCGGAAAAGAUACAAUUAAACUCAUAUUUAAUACCUGCCAAAACACUAGUACAUCUUAAUAUACGUGAUGUUCAUAGAGAUCCUAAUUUUUGGCCAAAUCCAGAAAUAUUUAAUCCAGAUAGAUUUUUACCUGAAAAUUUCCAAAAACGUCAUCCUUAUUCUUAUAUACCAUUCAGUGCUGGACCACGUAAUUGCCUUGGUCAACGAUUUGCUUUGCUGGAAAUGAAAGCGAUGAUAGCUUUUUUGAUUCACAAUUUUUAUUUGGAACCCGAGGAUUAUUUAAAGGACUUACGAUUGGAAGUUGAUAUAUUGCUACACUCUGUACAUCCGCAUCGUAUAAAAUUUGUUCCAAUCGCCAAAAAAUGCAAAUAAGUAUUUAAAAAUAAUUUAAAUUCCAAGAAAUGACAAUUGCAUUGUGUAUAAAAAUGAAGAAAAUUGACAUGCAUAUUAUAUGCAUUUAUAGAUACACAUUAAUAAUUAAAAUAAUAUAUAUGCACGUGUACAUAUACUAUAUAUAUGUAUAUAUUAUACUAUAUAUAUGUAUAUAUUAUACUAGCUUUUUUGCCCGCGCUUCGCGCCGGCGAAAAAGCUCUUACUUCACGCACACACAUAUACAGGGUGUCCCAAAACAUACUGGACAACGCUUGUGAAAAAGUAGAAGGAAUCGAAAUGAACAUAAAAGUUUAAUAUUGUCUUGCCCUUUGCACUUCGAAUUAUAUUUCAAUUUUGUAACCAGCAGUUCCCAACGCUUUUAAGUGUUUUAUUUGAAAUUUACUUCAACUAGGAAAUGGGACAAUUUAAAUAAAUAAAGGAAGAAAUAAAUUCAAUUAAAUGUCAGUUUUAUUUACACUAUUGUUGUAUUUUGUAAUUUUCCAGUGUAUGAUAUUGCUAUAAUAUUGUACUAAUAGUAUAAUAUAAUAUAAUAUUGCACUAAUUGAGUAAGUUCUCUUGAAUAAGACAAAGCGGCCAUUAAAAUUAACUGGAGGAAGUUUAAAUAUAAGGAUCUUGCUUGAUUAAGGUAAAUAAUGUAGACUAUGUAGAAUCAUUCGUGCAUAUUAUUAAAAAAUUUUGUAUGUAUUUCUUUUAUAGAUUUGGAAAUGUUUUUCCAGAAUUAAAGUUUAUGUAUUAAUAUCAGCUUAUUAUGAAUUGAAUUUUAUAUCAAGAAUUUAAAAAAAUUUUUCAGAUUACACUUUUUAAAUACGAAAUUUUCGCACUCAUUAAAUUUUUUUAUUAGAAACGUCUAUGCUCAAUCUGAAAGUACAGUAUUGUUUUUAAAUGUUUGCUUCACUUGGGCUCAGGCUUAAUUUGUGCGUAUAAGGUCAACAAUUUUUACAUCAGACAUAUUUUGUUACGAGUCGACGCCAAAAGCCGACAAUUUUAAAUUUGUUUUUUUGUCGUUUUUCCUACAAAAUCAUCACGGCCCGACUUUGUUAUCAUCUACACUUUAAUUCUGGAGAAAGAUUUUUAAUUCAGUAAAUACAAUUAAACAUAGAUCUUAUAUACCUGGAUACGCCUUCCUCAUUAGAAGAAAAGAGAAAACGGAAGUCUAUACUUCUAUCCUUCAGAGGACAUGUCAAAACGCAUGCAUAAAAUGACGUAUUCAAUACGGCAGACAAUUUGAACAUCUGCAUACAUCACAUCUUUGAGUAUAAACUCAAAGCAUCACAUGCAGUCACAAUUCACCUAACCUAGUAUAAUUAUAUAACAACAAUGAGCAAGAGAUGCUAUAUACUCGCGAAUAAUUUGUUCCAGUAUGUAUUCCGUAAUUAUAUCUUAUGUAAUUGUCUAAUUAAUAUUAUAAAAUAUGUAUAUCCAUUAGAUUUAUAUAUUGUAUUAAGUUUAUAUGUAUUAAUAUAAUUU